GUUAUCCCGGUCUACCCUCGGGAGACCCUGGCACGACCCGGCGAGAAAGCUGAGGAGAUGCAGGGGCCUGCAACAAACGGUGGCACUACACCUAAAAUGGCGGAAGCAGCAUGCUCCCCCAAUACUCACAGUGAGCAGCCAGACAUAGAGCAAUGGCUGGACAGGGCCUUCCAGACUCUAUGGGACAAGCUGGAAGCCCUUAUGUUCCCGGAGAACACUAAGGCAGUGCCUGUCAUCAAGCCACGUACUCACCUGAGUGAAACCAAACAGGUGCAGGCACGGGCACCUCGAGUACCGAGCCGCCCAGAAGGUCGGAAGCAGCGAGACACUCACCAGCGGCAGGAGACCGAAGACCUGUCAGGCGGCAAUAGGAACCGUCAAGAAAUCGUGCGGACACACACCAGCCCGAUCUCCCACCAACCUAACGGAGAGGGCCUGUCACCAAUGAUCAUGGCAGAGGGGCUGGAGAAAUGGGAGACCACACAGCAAGUACCCCCGCCAGCGAUCAUCAACUUUGCCGACAAGCACAGCUCACUUACAGCGGAGCCGACUCUACACGCACAUACUGCAGCGCGGCGGCAUCGAAGAGGGAACACAGAAGACGCCCAGCAACAAGCCACAAACAGCGAUGUCCAACUACCUCUCAGGGCGCACACCAACCUCCAGAGGCACAAAUGUGGCAGGCUUACCCCAACAGGACUGCAGCCCAAGGGACUCGAUAGCUACACCGCAAGGCAACACCACGUGCAACAGCAGCCCCAACGAGGCAUUGGGUGAACCGGGACACUAGCUAUCCUGGCCGUGAGACCUCACACAAUGACAAAGUCAUAGCUGGAACUCACGACCUUAGGGGCAUACCUCACUAAAUGCCGACUUUUGCCUGGGGGACCCCAGGGGACUUUAUUAAUUUGUUUGACUUAUCUCUCCAUUGGCACUGUCUUCGUUAACCUGAAAUGAUUAUCCCUCACUAGCACAGCUAACGAUUAUAGAAUUUUCUUUAAGUUAUAGACCAUCCCUCUCUCAGGCUAGAAAAGGGUCACAAACAUGACUUUAACAAAACAAAUGUGGUAAAGCUUGCAAGCCUCAUUCUAGCCUACCUUGGUAUGUUUUCAAUGUUAAAGUGUAUUUUAUAAACAGUGCAGUGAACUAGAUCCGUAACUAUCAGUGACCAAAUACUUCUGUGAUUAUAGCCUGCAAACUCCUAAUUAUAUACUGUGUUACUUUAAUCCUGCUCAUGUAAGUUUAGCAUAAUUAUUUUCUGUUUGACUAGCUUAUGACAUAGCGUAAAACCCUACUAUCUAGAAAGAUACAAGCGAUGUUGUUCCGUGUUAUGUUUUGAAAUGCUUAAGCAACGUACCUAUAUACUGUUCAUAACAUUACUAACUUAAAAAUGUGCUAGAUCCAAUGUCUACCCCAAUGUUUAAACUGUUUAUCAUGCGCUAGAGGACUGCCUUUGGGGUACCUCACAGGCGACUGUUAUAAUCACAUGCACAACUAAAAUAAAGAAUUAAAAAAAAAAAAAAAAUAGAAAAAUAUGCUUCAAGGGAUAAUGUAGGCACUUUAACAACUUCAUUUUAAUGAAGCUGUCAGUGCCUGAACUGCAGUCCUGUUUUUGCUCCCAAAAUCCAAUAUUAAACUAAUUAGAGGGCUUGGAGGUGUGUCUUUCAGCCAUGCCUCCAAGCCCUCUGGGUUCUCAUACAGUGACAGCACACGUGCAUGUGCAGUGUCAUCACGGUUGGCCAUAGAGAAUCAUUGUAUUCUCUAUGCCAGAAUCUUAGGUGCAUCAUGGCAAGCGCAGCGCAUGCUCGUAAGGUGCUCCAAGCUCCUUUAUGAGCAUCAUUUGAAUUUGGCUGUUCCUCAAGGAUGACAUCAAUCGAGGAGAAGGUUGCGUCAGUGCCGAGGGAGACUCUGCCCUGGAGAAAUGGUGCUAACUAAACAACAAGGCGCAUCAGGGCAGUAGUAUUAGGAAUACAGAUAUGUAUUCUUAAUGCUACAGUGUUCCUUUCAUUUACAAAUUGUAAGCUGUGCUCCUUGAGAACAUCUUCUUGUUUGUUUAUGCUAACUAUAGAGAGGGAUACAGUAUACAAACUCUGAGGCUCCUAGCCUUGCAUGUAACAGAAGGCAUUCUAGGCAGUUAUGCCAAACUCAGCUCCAGCAAAUAGAUGUGUUGUCUCUUCUAAGUGCAAAUUUAAUUUUUU